UCAGUUUCUUUUGUUAAUUCCUCCAAGGAAACAAAAAAAAAUGUACGAAGAUCAUCAAGUGGCGAAAUCAGGCAAAGAAGGAGGACACAUGGUUACUAAUUACUCCGACAACAUUUUCGGUUCGGCGUCUUCGUCUCCGACAGGAACGGUCCAAAACCCGAAUUUCAAACGUAGCACCUUCCUAAACCCUAACUUCUCCUACGUUAUCCCGAAGGAAGAGUAUGGGAUGAUGAGCAUGACUGAAAACGGGUCAGCUUGGUCGGGUAAUAACCCGGUUGAGGAUAGCGCAAUCGAACAACAGCUUCCUCCGGUUAAGAAGAAACGCUUACAUAGACACAGUACUCAUCAGAUUCAAGAAAUGGAAGCAUUCUUCAAAGUAAAUCCUCAUCCGAAUGACGAUGACAAAACCAGAUUAAGUGAAGAACUUGGUCUCACGCCUCUACAAGUCAAGUUUUGGUUUCAAAAUCGACGUAACCAAAUAAAGACGCAACAAGACAGAACAGAUAAUGUGAUGCUAAAAGCAGAGAACGAGACUCUUAAGACAGAGAACCGGAAGCUUCAGUUCGAUCUACAACGCCUCUCCUGCUCAUCUUGUGGCGGCUCUAGAGAGAAACUCCACCUCGAAAACUCCCGCCUCCGCCAAGAGCUUGACCGAUUACACAGCAUUGCCUCAUUGAUGAAUCCUUGUCUUCCUCCACCACAAACAGCCCGUCUUUUCCCAGACAUGAACGAUAACAUAACCAACAACUUGUUAAUUACGGAAGAAGAUAAGGCGAUUGCAAUGGAUCUUGCGGUUUCUUGCGUUCAAGAGUUAGCGAAGAUGUGUGCCACAAAUGAGCCGUUGUGGAGCAAGAAGGGAUCAGAAAACGACAGAAUCUCUCUUAAUGAGGACGUGUACAAGAAGAUGUUCCAAUGGCCUUCAGUGGAUGAUAAUCAUUUUCGCAGAGAAGCUUCAAGAGCUAACACAGUCGUCAUCAUGAACAGCAUAACUCUUGUCAACGCAUUCCUUGAUGCUGAUAAAUGGUCGGAGAUGUUUUGCUCGAUAGUGUCAAGAGCCAAAACAAUUCAGAUCAUUUAUUCAGGAGUUUCUGGAGCAAGUGGGUCUCUUCUUCUGAUGUAUGCAGAGUUACAAGUGCUAUCUCCAUUAGUACCAACAAGAGAAAUUUACUUUCUACGGUAUGUGAAGCAAAACGCAGAAGCUGGAAAAUGGAUGAUUGUAGAUUUCCCGGUUGACGGUUUGAUCAAACCAGCUUCGGGUAUUACUACUACUGAUCAGUACCGGAGAAAACCUUCUGGUUUCAUCAUUCAGGACAUGUCUAACGGAUACUCUCAGAUCACGUGGGUUGAGCACGUGGAAGUGGAGGAGAAGCACGUGCACCACAAGAUGGUUAGAGAGUAUGUAGAGAGCGGCGCAGCCUUUGGUGCUGAAAGAUGGCUAGCUGUGUUGCGGAGACAGUGUGAGAGGAUGGCUAGUCUCAUGGCUACAAACAUCACUGACCUUGGAGUGAUACCGUCUGUAGAAGCAAAGAGGAAGUUGAUGAAGCUGUCACAGAGUAUGGUCAGAACUUACUGUCUGACCAUAAGCAAUUCGUACGGACAAGCACUGUCUGAAUCACCAAAAGAGACGGUGAUAAUCACGACCAGGAAAGUUUGUGGUGGUGUUGUUCUAUGUGGCGUCUCCACCACGUUGCUUCCUUAUUCUCAUCAUCAAGUCUUCGAUCUUCUACGCCACGAUCAUGGUCGCUCUCAGAUGGAGAUGUUGUUCAGUGAGAACCCGUUUCAAGAAGUAGCUCAUAUCGCAAAUGGAUCACAUCCUGGAAACUGCAUUUCUCUUCUUCACUUCCAUGGGGCUAGUAGUUCAAAUAAUGUAGAGUGGAUGCUUCAAGAAACAUGCACUGAUAACUCCGGCAGUCUCGUGGUUUACUCCACCGUCCACGCCAACGCUGUUCAGCUCGCUAUGAACGGCGAGGAUCCUUCUAGAAUUUCUCUUUUGCCCUUAGGGUUCUCUGUUGUUCCUGUGAAUCAACCCCAUGUCGUUGAGGGCAUUUCCGUCAAUUUGGAUUCGUGUUUGCUCACCGUUGCGAUACAGGUCUUGGUGAGCAACGCCACCACAGCAGCACUCAACCUUUCCACUACAGCUAUCAACAACCGUAUUUGCUCAACUGUCUACCGUAUCUCCUCCGCUCUCGGAAGUCCUCUGCUGCCGGAGAUUCCGUCGAGCUUUAAACAAGAAAUAAGCAACUAAGAGAAAGAUUUUUAGGGUAUUAGCUUAAACGGAUUAGGUUUGUUUUGUAGAUCCCAUCCCAUGAGAAGGGGUUAAACACUAAAAUUUUUGGGAAAGUCAAGAACGCACCAAGGCAUGAUUGUAUUUUUGUGAACCGGGUUUUAUCCGGUUUGGUACAUGCGUGACUGGUUCGGAAUUGACUUCCGAUUUGGAUAAACCAAACAGUUGGAUGUAAUGGUUUUAUUAUUUUGUAACUUUAAUGCUAGUUUUAUUAAAUC